AUGAAUGUCAAGCUUACGAAAAAGGAGCUUGAUCAGCUAAAGGAAUCUCUGAGUAAUGCCUAUGAGAAAGUUGAUAUGAAAAAAUUGAUGGAUAAAGUAGAAGCUAUUACAGGCAAGGAGGUUGAUGUUGAUGACAUAGAAACAUUUCUAGGUGACAUGGGGAUAGAACUCACAAAUAAAGAGUUCUCAAAACUGAUGAGUAAUCUUCCAAUCGAUGAUGGAAAGGUCUAUCAGCAAAGGUUGAUGGAUGGCAUGAAGUUUCUUAAUGGGGGGAUGAUUGAUGCCAGUAAAAUUAGUGCACUUUUAAGAAUCAUGGGCACAUACCUCACUGAACAGGAGCUAAAAGAUCUGACACAAAACCUGCCAGUUGAUGUUAAUGGUAAGGUUGAUCUGAAAAAGGUGCUGAAUAGAGCAAAGGCUUUUACAGGACAGAAAGUUGAUAUUAAUAAACUUGACAAUAUUUUGGGAAACUUGGAGAUUGAACUCACACCUAGUGAACGCAUGAACUUGCUGAAGACACUGCCAGUUAAUGAAAAGUCAUUGCAAUAUGAACGCCCACCAGCAGCAUUUGAAAACCUUCUUUUGCCAGUACAGAGCCAGGGGAGGGAAUCUCAUUGUUGA